AUGUAUUACUACGGAUACACGGGAUAUUCUACCGAUUACGAUUUUCAACCCACGGCCGAUGACGAAAUGAAUGACAGGCCCGGUGACGACUGGAAAGUAUAUACGGUAGGUCACUUUGUUGACCACAGAAUUGUCACCCAGGUGAACGGACGAAUUCAAACGGAAAUUUUCGUUGUUGACAAGAUCAUGCAUCACGACUUAUCUGAACUUGGUGAAGAUGAUUUCCAAUGGGCGUCCGACGAAUCAGACCUCAUUCUGAACAAUACUGGAAUAAGCAGAAUCACAGUAAUGGACCCGAGACAAGUGCCCAUUAUUGACCUCAUCAAAACCCAGAUGACCAACUCGCUUGAGACCAAUUGUCAAAAUAUUAAUGGGGAUCCGAAUGUCAAGUUCAACCAUGCCACUCAUCCGAGUGGUGAUUAUCAAGGAUUCCUUAAUGCUGCGCCUCAAACUGGUCAAUAUGGCAGUUUGAUCGAUUGCUCCAAAUGGACAAUUACCGAACGAUACGAGAACGAAACGAACCAGACUAUCAAGAAUAGAUACGACGGAAAUUACUUGCUACGUGCUAAUCAAAGGUACAGAGCCUCUUUUAGAAGGUGA